UCCUAAAUUUUUUGGGGGCAUGCGAAAACAACGCAGCUCCCGUUCUCGUCUCUGUCGACGGCCCCUCUCAUUCCUCUCCAUCAUUCUCAAUCUCGUCUCUCUAUCAAUCUCCCCGUGCCUUGAAAUCAUAGCUCCAAAAUCUUAUAAAUGGUAUGAGUGAUUAAGGGAAGAAUCGGCCUUUAAUAUUUUUGAUUCGAAGCUAUGCUCUGAUAUAUCCUGGUUUCCUGCAAAAUGAGUUUUCUCGAUUCUCUUUUGGGGAAGAACGUGAGGAGAUUCGUCAAGAGGAAAGACAGCGAUGCAGGGGAACUAGGUCUUUCACUUGAAGAAAUUCGCAGCUCUUUGUAUAAUGAUUUUAAUACUUCUGAGGGGGCAAGACGGAAACAACAACUAUAUUGCGGUCCUUUUAUUUCAAUGACUUUUAAUUUCAUGAUCUCUGUUGGGAUAAUCAUGGCAAAUAAAUUGGUGUUGGGAAAAAUUGGUUUCAAUUUCCCAGUCGCACUAUCGUUAAUACACUAUGUGACUGCAUGGUUUCUGAUGGCACUCUUUAGAUUAUUCUCAUUGCUUCCUAUUUCUCCUCCAUCAAAAUCCACACCAUUCUCCUCUUUAUUUCUCUUGGGGGCCGUUAUGUCUUUUUCAACCGGACUUUCUAAUAUAAGCUUGAAACACAACAGUGUUGGGUUCUAUCAGAUGGCGAAGAUAUCUGUAACACCAACAAUUGCUCUUGCUGAAUUCCUUCUUUUCAGUAAAAAGGUUACCCUCUAUAAGGUUAUUGCUCUUGCUGUGGUUUCCGUAGGUGUGGCUGUUGCGACCGUCUCUGAUCUUGAGUUCAAUUUGUUUGGAGCUUGCAUUGCAUUGGCUUGGAUUGUCCCAAGUGCUGUAAAUAAAAUUCUAUGGUCAAACUUGCAGCAAAAUGGCAACUGGACAGCUCUUUCGUUGAUGUGGAGAACAACUCCAAUAACCAUCUUCUUCUUCUUGGCUUUGAUGCCAUUGCUAGACCCCCCUGGGUUGCUAUCUUUUGACUGGGAUGUGAACAACUUAAUGGCUAUCUUAAUUUCCGCUGUCUUUGGAUUUCUCCUUCAAUGGUCAGGGGCCCUAGCACUUGGUGCAACAUCUGCUACCUCUCACGUUGUGUUGGGCCAGUUCAAAACGUGUGUGAUUAUGCUUGGUGGAUACCUCUUCUUCAAUUCUGAUCCAGGCAUUGUAAGCUUGUGUGGCGCCCUUGUUGCUCUCUCUGGAAUGACUUUCUAUACAUGUCUUAAUCUGAGAACAUCUCAGGACUCAACAGCAGCAGCUACAAAGCAACUCUUAAAGCAGGCACCAUUUGCCCAGAAAACUAAAACCGCAGCUGAUGGCGAGAGGUCUGAUACAAAGGUUUCUAUGGAUCCUAUCUUGGAUAUAAAUCUUAAAGAGAUUGCAUAAACAAACUCUCUUAUGGCCGCACUUACCUUCUUCCUCAUUCAUUCUUUUACCUCUUCUUCACAUUCGUUUGUUCGUUAUUUUUUAUAUUUUCACACUUGAAAAUUAGCGAUAAGGAUCAUUUGAAUUUCAAGUGAUUUUGAGGUUGACUU